UUCCUUCUCAUUCUCCCAAUUUGAAGAAGCAAUGUCAUUUUUGAGAUCAAAGUACGCUCUCUCUCUUUCGUUUUCCAACUUGUUUCUUAUUCGAUUCUUCUCUCACAAUCACAAUCUUGUUGCUGUUGAUGAUGCUGUUUCCUCAUUCAAUCGCAUGCUCAACAUUAACCCUAACCCACCCGUAUUUGAAUUUAACAAGAUAUUAGGUUCCCUUGUUAAGAUCCAACAUUAUUCAACUGCUAUUUACCUUUUUCAACAAAUGCAACUUCGACGAAUUCCAAUUGACAUUGUUAAUUUGAGUAUCUUGAUUAACUGUUACUGCCACCUUCAUCAACUCAAUUUUGCAUUUUCUGUAUUCGCCAACAUCCUCAAGCUAGGUUAUCACCCUGAUACAAUAACUAUUAAUACACUUAUCAGAGGUCUCUGUAACAGUGGCAAGAUUAACCAAGCACUUCACUUUCACGACGAUGUUAUAGCCAACGGGUUUCAACUUGAUCAUGUUAGUUAUGGGACGUUGAUCGACGGUUUAUGUAAAAUAGGAGAAACAAAAGCUGCUUUGCAAGUUCUUAAAAAGAUUGAAGGGUCGUCGGUUAAGCCUAACGUGAUAAUGUACAACACAAUCAUUGAUAGUUUCGGAAAGGAUAAACUUGUGAAUGAUGCUUUUGAUUUAUAUUCUGAAAUGAUUGUCAAAGGAAUCUCUCCUGAUGUUAUCACUUAUAGUACUUUAAUGAAUAGCCUUUGCAUUGUCGGUCAAUUGAAAGAAGCAAUUGGUUUGUUAAAUGAAAUGUCGUUGAAAAAUAUCAGCCCCAAUGUUCGUACUUUCAGUACAUUGAUCAAUGGUUUUUGUAAGGAAGGGGAGGUGGAAAAAGCUAGAAGUGUGUUGGCUGUUAUGAUAAAACAAGGCGUGAAACCUAAUGUUAUUACUUGUACUACUUUGAUGGAUGGAUACUUCUUGGUUAAAAAGGUGAACAAGGCUAAACACAUAUUCAACUCUUUUGUUCGAAGAGGAGUGGAACCAAAUACUCAUAGUUACACUGUCAUGAUAGAUGGAUUAUGUAAGAGUAGAAUGGUGGAUGAAGCUGUGAAUCUCUUCAAAGAAAUGCAUUUGAAAAACAUGGCUCCUAACACUGUAACAUACAGUUCCCUUAUUGAUGGAAUUUGUAAAUCGAGGAGAAUCUCUGAUGUUUGGGAUCUCAUAGAUGAGAUGCAUGACAGAGGCCAACCUGCUAAUGUGAUCACUUAUAAUUCUUUACUGGAUGCUUUGUGCAAAAACCAUAAGGUUGACGAGGCAAUUGCAUUAUUAACAAAGAUCAAAAACCAAGGGAUUCAUCUGGACAAGUAUACAUACACUGUACUUGUUGAUGGACUAUGCAAAAAUGGAAGACUUAAGGAUGCAGGGAAGGUUUUUCACGAGCUUCUGAUUAAGGGCUAUCAUUUAGAUGCUAAAAUGUAUACUGUGAUGGUUAAUGGACUCUGUAAAGAGCGCUUGUUUGAUGAAGCAUUUUCCUUAAUGUCGCUAAUGGAAGACAACAAUUGCACACCUGAUUUUGUAACUUACGAAAUUCUUGUUCGUGCUUUGUUUGAAAAUGGAAAUAAUGAUAAGGCGGUGAAACUUCUUCAUGAAAUGAUUGCUAAAGGUCUACUACUUAUGCCAAUCCACAUAGUACUUCAUAAUUUGGCUAUUUUUGUCUCUAGAAAUAGGAGUAACUUGGUGUCGCAUUUUAAGGCACGAAAUUUAGUCCCCUCUUUGCCUCUCUCCCAAGUUGAAGAAGCAAUGUCAUUGUUGAGGUCAAGGUACGCUCUCUCUCUUCCUUCUGCCAAUUUGUUUCUUGUUCGAUUCUUCUCUCACAAUCACAAUCUUGUUUCUGUUGACGAUGCUGUUUCCUCAUUCAAUCGCAUCCUCUAUAUGAACCCUAACCCACCCAUCUUUGAAUUCAACAAGAUAUUGGGUUCCCUUGUUAAAAUCAAACAUUACUCAACUGCUAUUUCCCUUUUUCAACAAUUGCAACUUCGACGAAUUCCAACCGACAUUGUUAAUUUGAGCAUCUUGAUUAACUGUUACUGCCACCUUCAUCAACUCAAUUUUGCAUUUUCUGUAUUCGCCAACAUCCUCAAGCUAGGUUAUCACCCUGAUACAAUAACUAUUAAUACACUUAUCAGAGGUCUCUGUAACAGCGGCAAGAUUAAUGAAGCACUUCACUUUCACGACAACAUUAUAGCGAAGGGGUUUCGACUUGAUCAAGUUAGUUACGGGACGUUGAUUAAAGGGUUAUGUCAAAUAGGAGAAACAAAAGCUGCUCUGCAGAUUCUUAAGAAGAUUGAAGGGUCGUCUGUUAAACAUAAUGUGAUAAUGUACAACACAAUCAUUGAUAGUUUCGGAAAGGAUAAACUUGUGAAUGAUGCUUUUGAUUUAUAUUUUGAAAUGAUUGUCAAAGGAAUUUCUCCUAAUGUUAUCACUUAUAAUACUUUAGUGAAUACCCUUUGCAUUGUCGGUCAAUUGAAAGAAGCAGUUGGUUUGUUAAAUGAAAUGUCCUUGAAAAAUAUUAGCCCUAAUGUUUGUACUUUUAAUACACUUAUUGAUGGUUUUUGUAAGGAAGGAGAGGUGGAAAAAAACAGAAGUGUGGUGGCUGUUAUGAUUAAACAAGGCGUAAAACCUAAUGUUAUUACUUAUAAUUCUUUGAUGGAUGGAUAUUUCUUGGUUAAAGAAGUGAACACGGCUAGACACAUAUUCAACUCUUUUGUUCGAAGAGGAGUGGAACCUAAUACUCAAAGUUACACUGUCAUGAUAGAUGGAUUAUGUAAGAGUAGAAUGGUGGAUGAAGCUGUGAAUCUCUUCAAAGAAAUGCAUUUGAAAAACAUGGCUCCGGAUACUAUAACAUACAAUUCCCUUAUUGAUGGACUUUGUAAAUCAGGGAGAAUCUCUGAUGUUUGGGAUCUCAUAGAUGAGAUGCAUGACAGAGGCCAACCUGCUAAUGUGAUCACUUAUAAUUCUUUACUGGAUGCUUUGUGCAAAGACCAUAAGGUUGACGAGGCAAUUGCAUUAUUAAAGAAGAUCAAAGACCAAGGGAUUCUUCCGAGCAUGUAUACAUACACUAUACUUGUUGAUGGACUAUGCAAAAAUGGAAGACUUAAGGAUGCACAGAAGGUUUUUCACGAGCUUCUGAUUAAGGGCUAUCAUUUAGAGGCUAAAAUGUAUACUGUGAUGGUUAAUGGACUAUGUAAAGAGCGCUUGUUUGAUGAAGCAUUUUCCUUAAUGUCGCUAAUGGAAGACAACAAUUGCACACCUGAUGUUGUAACUUACGAAAUUCUCGUUCGUGCUUUGUUUGAAAAUGGAAAGAAUGAUAAGGCGGUGAAACUUCUUCGUGAAAUGAUUGCUAAAGGUCUACUACAACAGUAAAACUAGGGGAGAUGCUUUUGUUAUUUUGAAUUUUAAAACAGCCAUCAAGUUAUCCGGAUCACUGGAACCUCUAAUCAAAGGUGUGUCUAGUGUCUGACACCAACACACAUGGUUACGUUCAAAUUAUUUAUAUUAGUCUUUUAAUAUUCAGUAAGUCAUACAAUUACUGUUAUACCAUUCUUGCCAAUUAUGAUCACAGUUGGAUGUAUGGAUGAAUCCCUGGCCUGUUUCUGAAACUAAUGGUAUGCCUGGAUUUGGUUUAA